AUGUGCAAGGCAGAUGCCCGAUCCGUUAUUGAUAGGCCCAGUAACCUCACUCGUCUAUGCUUCAACCUGCUCCGAGGAAAUGAGCUUUUCAAAGUGCCGCCUGUAUGGAAUCUCCCGGUCCAGCAUGCAGUAGCAGCGACGCGCAAGAAGCAGGAUUCGCCUGUUCCUCAGGUAAAGCCGCUUGAUCUCACAAUCGCCACUGUCAAGAACUUCAACAAGAAGUAA